GACCGCUGCCGGGGAUGGGGCUUCCGCCGAGAGCGCCGAGAAGUGCGCACGCGCACUGACCCCGCGGGCCCUAGCAACCAGAGUGACAGUAGCAACCACCGGAAUGGCGAAAGCAACAACAAUCAAAGAAGCCUUAGCGAGAUGGGAAGAGAAAACUGGCCAGAGGCCAUCUGAAGCCAAAGAGAUAAAACUUUAUGCCCAGAUUCCCCCUAUAGAGAAGAUGGAUGCAUCCUUGUCCAUGCUUGCUAAUUGCGAGAAGCUUUCACUGUCUACAAACUGCAUUGAAAAAAUUGCCAACCUGAAUGGCUUAAAAAACUUGAGGAUAUUAUCUUUAGGAAGAAACAACAUAAAGAACUUAAAUGGACUGGAGGCAGUAGGGGACACAUUAGAAGAACUGUGGAUCUCCUACAAUUUUAUUGAGAAGUUGAAAGGGAUCCACGUAAUGAAGAAAUUGAAGAUUCUCUACAUGUCUAAUAACCUGGUAAAAGACUGGGCUGAGUUUGUGAAGCUGGCAGAACUGCCAUGCCUCGAAGACCUGGUGUUUGUAGGCAAUCCCUUGGAAGAGAAACAUUCUGCUGAGAAUAACUGGAUUGAAGAAGCAACCAAGAGAGUGCCCAAACUGAAAAAGCUGGAUGGUACUCCAGUAAUUAAAGGGGAUGAGGAAGAAGACAACUAAUGCCACGCUUUCCACUGUGUGUUAACUUAUUUAAAUGUCAUAAGAACAAUAGAUAAAUUUUAUAUAAUUGUCUAUUUUAAAGAUUCUGUAUGGGACAAAAGUUUCUUAAGAUAAAACAGAUCACUCAUUCUCA